AUGUCACAAAACAAAGAUCAAACGUUUGCAGCAUUUGAUUUUGACGCUCGAUUAAGCAAAGCCAUUGCCCAACUUGAUUACACUCGUCCUACACCUGUCCAAGCUCAAGCUAUCCCACUAGCACUCGCUGGUAAGGAUAUUCUAGCUCGUGCUCGUACAGGAAGUGGCAAGACAGCUGCUUAUGUUUUACCCAUCCUUCAAAAGAUUUUGGUAGAGAAAGAGUCUUCGAACGCUACACCUUCUAUAAAGGCUCUGAUACUUGUACCUACUAGAGAAUUGGCUGAACAAGUCACGACACACAUCAAUAAGUUUUUACUUUAUACCAAUCAACUGAUCAAGGUUAUCAACUUGGCUGGCACUAUGUCUGUACAGCUGCAAAGACCAUUACUUGCAGAAAAGCCUGAUAUCAUUGUAUCUACUCCCAGUAAAGCAUUAACUCAUUUAGAAGCAAGCAACAUGGUUCUUUCUACCUCCCUUACAAAUCUUGUCAUUGACGAAGCAGACCUUGUGCUCUCUUUUGGAUAUGAAGACGAUUUACGCAAGAUCCUGUCUCAUUUGCCCAAACUAUACCAAUGCUUCCUUAUGUCUGCCACAUUUACUAAGGAAAUUGAAGAGCUCACUGCACUCUUGCUUCGAAAGCCUGCGGUUUUGGAAUUAGAGGAUACAGAGGAAGAAGCCAGCCUGCUGACCCAAUAUAUCGUUCAAUGUACCGAGUUUGAAAAGUUUUUGUUUACUUUUGUGAUCAUCAAGCUUCGUCUUAUUAAGGGCAAAAUCUUGCUGUUUGUGAAUGAUAUUGAUAGAUGCUACAAGCUCAAGCUAUUUCUAGAACAGUUCUCUAUCAAAUCUUGCGUGCUAAAUUCAGAAUUACCUUUGAACUCCAGAUAUCAUAUUGUAGAAGAAUUUAAUCGUGGCAUCUAUGAUUACUUGAUUGCUACAGAUGAAUCAGAGUUAAAGGGAGAAUUAGAUAGCGAAGACGAAGAGGAUGACGAAGAAGAUACUAAAAAAGACAACAAGAAAAAACAAAAGGUUAAAAAGGACAAGGAAUAUGGCGUUUCUCGUGGUAUUGAUUUCCAAGGAGUAGCAGCCGUCAUUAAUUUUGAUUUUCCUGCGUCUUCUAAAGCCUACACACAUCGAGUUGGGCGUACAGCACGCGGUGGCAAUCAAGGCAUGAGUUUGUCUUUUGUUGUGACAAAAGAUUUAGUAGAAGAUAGAAAGGACGUCGGUCGAGGAAAAGGAGUGCAUGAUGAGGCUGUGUAUGAGCGUGUCAAGAAACAACAAGAAGCCAAAAAUGCUGAAUUAAAGCCUUACAGCUUUGAAAAAAAGAACGUAUCUGGCUUCAAGUAUCGUGUGGAGGACGCGUUGAAGGUAGUGAAUAAAGUAGCUAUUAAAGAAGCAAGGAUAAAGGAGAUCAAGCAAGAAAUUCUGAAUUCAGAAAAGCUAAAAGCACACUUUGAAGAUAAGCCAAAGGAUCUAGAAUUCUUACGUCAUGACCAUACACUCCAACCAGCCAAAAUUCAGCAGCAUCUAAAGCACAUUCCGUCAUAUCUAAUGCCUCGUAUUACAGUGCCUACAGCCAUGGCUAAUGCAGGAGAGAAUGUGCCAUUCCACAGUGAAAAGCGAAAGAGAAAGGGUCACUUUAAAUCCAACCAUAACAACAAGAAACGAAAGGAUCCUUUAAAAUCCAUUCGCCGACGAUAG